AGGGGGGCUGAAAUUUUCUAAGCAAUAUUAUGUUCUUGCAUCGUCCAGAGUUUCCACCCUGCUGGCAGUUGGUAUUUUAGAACAGCACAUCAGUUUUUUUUUUUGCGGUAUUUUUAAAUUUCAUUUUUUGACCUGCGAAAACUAAAAGUAAUUUUAAAUAUAUCUGAACACAAAAAAAAUAAGAUACUGUUGACUUUGCUUACAAAUCGGGUCGAACUCGCAAGAACUAGCUAGUAAAGAAUAUUUAAAAUACCAGUUAUUUUUCAAGCUUUUGGUAUUUUGAAUCGCUUGCAACCUUGCCUGGCGAUCUAUCGAAACGGCGAAAGUUUUCUAUGACGAUGAGAAGUCGAAUUUUUAGAUUUUUCGCGUGACAAGUUGGUGGUGAAAAAAACCAGGCAGAAUCUUAACAAUUCAUUUAGCAACUUGGCAAGCAAUCGGCAACUGAAAAGCGCAUCGCUGGCGGGUGCGGGCGGUGCAAGUAGGGUGUGAAAAGUCGACAAAAAAAUCAAUUGCCUCUCGGUCGUUUUCAAUUUUCAAUUCACAUUCUCUGCGUGUGCAAAAAAAGCGAAGGAAAAUCGAGAAAAAAAGUCUGCGAACGAAAAAUAAAAAAAAAAAAAUAAAAGAAACGGCGAGCAGAAAUAAAAAAGAGCGCAGAAGACGAAGACCGAGGAAAGGCAACGUAGAAGUUAAAGAAAAUGUGCAGGAAAAGGGGCGGAGGAGCAGGAGCCGUGUUUUCGAGUCGCAAGCAGCAGUCUAAAUAAAUAACCAUCAUCGCUGAAGAGGCCUUAAUUCAGAGCGAUUUAAGUUGCGGAAAUAGGAAAUAAUACAAAAUCUUGCAGUGAAAAUCAAAUUUUCCAAAUAGAAAGAAGAGCUCCUCCUCUCACUCGCUCUCUUUCGGCCUCUCCUUCGCUCUCUCUCCCACUCUCGCGACUGGGUGGCAACGCGCGUGUGUGUGUGUGUGUCUGUGUGUGCCUGCUGUGUGUGUAGUGUGCCGCGUGCGUGAGUGUGUGUGUGCAGCUCGAAAGAGCAAAAAAAAAUAGAUUUAACAAAAAAAAAAAAUAAGAGAAAAAGCUAAGAAGGAGAAGCGAAAUAACCGACUGUGUCUUUGUGUGGAAUUUCUUGAUAAUUGCAACAUACGUUACCAUGGAAUACUACGUAGGAGGAUAUGUGUACAUGAACGGAGAUGCAGUCAAGAUCCAGCCGCCGGUCUACACCAACGUUCCUGUCGAGACGGCGAUGCUAACCACUAAUCUGUUUGGCGCCACCACCCAAAUCGCAGCCUCUCCUGCAGCAGCCGCCGCUACCCACAUCCCGUUGAUCACAGCCGCUGCUGCAGCAGCCGCCGCCGCCGGCGCUCCACCAGUAGCUCCUCCCGUCGCAGUUGCUCCAGUGGCCACCGCCCCAGCCGCGGCAGUUGUGCCCGCCCAGCAGCAGCAGGUGCACCCGCACCAGGCGCAGAUCCUGGCCCACACACACAUAGCCCACCAACAACAACAGCAACAGCAGCAGACGCUUCAGCAGCAUCUCCACCACCAACAGCAGCAGCAACAGUCGCCGCAUCCCGCCCAGCAUCUCACAUACGGCCACCAGCCGCCCGCUUCACAAGCCGCUGUGGCCGGAGGAUCGGGAGCGGGAGCAGGAGCAGCCGGAGGAGUAGGAGUCGGAGUCGGAAUCCCAGGAGUUUCCGCAGGAGGCGGUGAGGCACAGGACACUAGCGAAUACGCCAUUAUGAACGGCACUCUCGCCCAGACCCAGGACGGUACUGUGGUCUGCUAUACCACAGAUGCCCUCAACAACACGAAUUUAGUGGCCCUUGAUCCGCAGCCCCACCAAAUAGUGGUGCCGGUUCAGGUUCCUGUCCAAGUCCCAGUGCCCGUUCAGCUGCCGGCGAAUGGCGCGGCCGACCAGCAGCAGAGCAGCCACAGCGCCGCAGCUGGCGGGGAGGAAUCCAACAUACCGCUGGACAAGCUCAAGCAGAUGCUGGCCACCCAGCUUGAGUACUACUUCUCCAGAGAGAACCUGGUCAACGAUACUUACCUGAUUUCGCAAAUGGACUACGACCAGUACGUUCCCAUUUGGACUGUAGCCAGAUUCAAUCUCGUGCGGAAGCUAACCAACGACAUUAAGCUUAUCACCGAGGUUCUGCGUGAGUCGCCCAAUGUCCAGGUGGACGAGGAGGGACUGCGCGUGCGUCCCAAUCGCAAGCGUUGCAUCAUCAUUCUGCGCGAGAUAUCGAACAACACGCCCCUCGAUGACGUCAAGGCUCUGUUCAGCAACGAAAGCUGCCCCCGGCCGAUCUCCUGCGAAUUCGUCGCCAACAACUCGUGGUAUGUCACCUUCGAGUCGGACGACGAUGCGCAGAAGGCGUACAAGUACCUGCGCGAGGAGGUUAAGGAGUUCCAGGGCAAGCCGAUCAUGGCCCGCAUCAAGCCGAAGUCGUUUAUAAACCGCAACCAGUCUGUACCAAAUAUGAAGAACGGCUACCGCCUCACGUCGCCGCCAACUGCCAAUGUCUUUGAUCCAUCCGGAGCUGGAGCCGCCUCAGUCAGCUAUGCGGGUGCCCAGCAGCCCCGUUAUCUGUACACCAACGGAGCGGCCAUCGCAGCCCCCGCCUCAGUUCCGUACAGCAGCUCUGUGCUGAUUCCGAUUCCGCAGAAUCAAUUCUACCCGGGCCUUGUGGCAGGUCCCUGGCCGCCUGGUACUGUGGCCGCGACCGCCGCCCAUGGCCAGAACUUCUACGAAAUCGGCGGAAACAUCUUCGCCGCCAAUCCGCUGGCCCCGCAGGCCGUGGCCGCCAGCUUCGCUCAAGCGCCGCCACCCACCGCACAAACCAUGGUCACGUCCAAGCCGCAGGGCGGCGGGCGCUACAACAACAAUCACCGCGGCAACCCCAACAACGUGGGCGCCGCGAACUCGGGACCACGAGGUGAGUCGAGGGGCAAGCCGCCGCGCAACACACAGCCAGCUUCGCACAUCCAGGGCGGCAGCAUUGUGCCCAUCCAGAUAACGGGCGCCAUUCCGGGCGGAAUGGUGAGCGUGGUGCCCGCGAACAUUGUGCAGGAUCCGUUGCAGCAGGCUCCUCUGCAGCAGGCUCCGUUGGCUCAGCAGCCGCAGCAGGUAAUACAGCAGAUUCAACAGCAGCCAACGAGCUCGGCUCAGCAGCAGCCACAGACCACUGUGCAGGUGAACAGCUCCACUCGCCACUAUCCGAUCAAGAGCAACUGGAAGGGUGGCAUGCAGAAGAACCUGGAGAAGAGCUAUGGCGGCGGGGUAACCACCCACCACCACUACACCACCCAGGUGCAGGCGCUGCCCGCCCACAGCCACCACCUGCAGACCCAGCAGCAGCCGCAGGGUCAAUCCCAGCAGCAGCACUAUCAACUUGCUUCCUCCGGCGCUGCCAGCGCUCCUCAAGUUACCUACGUGUCCACUGCUCCGGCCCAGCCGCAGCCCGGCCAACACCAGCACCACCUGGUGGUGCAGCAGACACAGCCGCAGCAGCAGCAGCAACAGCAACAGGUUGCCUUGCAGCAGCAGGUGCCAGUGCAGCAGGAGUUGCAGGAGGCGGGGGACGGGGCAGAGCACGGCUCGCACGCCAUGCAGCAGGUGAACCGCAGCAGCAACAUGUCCGCCAGUUCCUCCUCUUCGCUGGCCACGUCGAUCAGCAAGGAGCCGCUCCAGUGGCAGAAUCGCCCGCGUCGUCGUCGUCGUGAUGAGGAGGGUGGACUGAACUACUCCCCAGGCGGGCGAGUUGGGAUUUACGGCAGCUCUCCCUCGAACCCGCACCAGCAGCAGCACCUGCUUUCCUCCUCCGGCAGCAAUGCACAGUCCGGCGGAACUGAAGGCGGUGGAGCCCCCCACCGCGGCGGGGAGCGCCAGAGCCACUACAACACCAUCCACGACGUCCCACCGCCGCAGCACCGUGGCAACUACAAGGGCAACAACUUCAAUCCGCAUUACCACGCCCAGCACUCGUCGAUGGCGAGUGGCUCGCACCAUCAUCACCACCACAACGCGUUGUCCUCGCAGCAGCAGCAACAGCAGCAGGCACACCACCUGAGCUCCGGCUCCGGGCAGCAGAGCUCGGGCCACCACUACCAUCACCACCACCACCACAAUUCGAUUGGCAGCAACGUGGGCAACAGCGGCGGCCUGGGCGUCAGCAGCGGCGGAUCGGGAGGCGGUGGAUCCGGCGGCGGCUCGGGCGCUAACAGUCUCUCGAGCGGCAGCAACGAGCGUGGCCUGCACCACAGCUCCCUGGGCUACCAGGGCCACCAGCAUCAGCACCAACAGCAGCAGCAACAGCAGCAGCAGCAACAGCAACAGCCGCCGGCGCCCGUUCAGCCGCCGCAGUUUGACCUGGAGGCAGCCGCCUUUCCUCCACUGCCAGCUACGUCGGCCACCGCAGUACCGCACACCCCUCAGGCCCAGGGCGGCGCCUCCCUGCACAACUCCACCGCCACGUCAUCCGGGUCGUCGGGCCUGGGCCAGAAGCAGGCGCUGCACCAGCAGCAGCAGCAGCAGACUCAUCAGCCACAGCUGUUGAACAGCUGCGUGGAGAGCUCCAGCGCCGAGGAUCAGCGCGCUGGCAGUCUUCAGGGAAUGGAGGCCAGCAGUGCCCACCUGGUCAACAGCUCCUCGGCCAACAACUGGGCCGAGAGCCGCCUGUCCGACGUGGUGCGCACCGGGGGCGGAGGCAAGGGCAAGGCCCGCAAGGACAACAGGCACCAGCAGGGCCAGAACCAGAACCAGAGCCAGCCGCACUUGGCCCACAACUAUCAGCAGCAGCAGCAGCAGCAGCGCAAUCCACCUGUUAGCCCCACACCCGCCUUGGGGGCCGAGUACUCGCUCCAGCUCCAGGACGGCAACAAUACUAAGAACGUUACUAAGCAGAGCUCCAGUAAUAACAAUUCGAUCCAUGUGAUAAAGUGUCUAACACCAAAUAUCAACGCCACCAGCAAGGAGGAGGCGGCCGGGGCCCAGCAGCACCAGCAGCACCAACAGCAGCUGGACAAAUCAAACAAGACUGAGGAUGAAGUGCAUCCAAAGCAGCCGUCGCAGGUGCGACUGGUCGAGGGCUACGUCCAGCAGCAGCAGCAGCAGCUCGCGCAGCCGUUGGCGAGCCACAACGAGUACUCCGCUGCCCUGGCCGCAGGCGCUGGCGCCUGCAGCGUGGUGGAGAGUGGUCUGACCACUAGCCUGGCUGAGUGCAGCCUCGGCCAGCACAAGAAGCCUCCCUCUGUGGCCGCCCUGCACGCCAAGAAGGAGGCCAGCCUGCUGGAGAAGGGCGCCAGCAAGCACAAGAGCGUGGCCACGUCCACGUCGACGGAGAACCUGUCGGCUGCCGCCACGGCUAGCAAGCUCAGCUACGCCCAGGUGGCCCAGCACCACAAGACAGCCGCCGCCGCCGCGCACGACAGCAAGGAAGCCGGGUCCGGCGGCUCCACCGGCACCCUGUCGCCCACCGGCAGCCACAAGAUGGACCUAGUCUUCGGCGACCCCGCCGCCGUGGCAGUGGCCGUGGAGAAGAGCGGCCUGGCUACCUCUGUGGUUGUGACCGAGAAGCGCGUAGCGGGAGGAGCCGCUCAAGCCGCGCUACCUGGCAAACCAGGCGGUGGUCCCCUGACCACCAUCGCCACCACCCAAGGCAGCAUUGCUGUCGUGGUCUCUGCCAAAGAGAAAGAUAAUCGUCCCAAUGCCUCCAUUCGCCAUCUGAGCAAGGAGAAGCAGCAGCAACAGCAACAGCAACAUUACGGCUCUGCAGCAGAGCACAAUACCAAUGCCAAUGUCGGCUCAGGAACUGGCGGCAACCGCAAGUCCAGGGCCAACAACUCUUAAGUGGGAAACAGCGUUGCCAAAGCGAGGCAACUGUGAGCUACCUUUGCAGGAUGCUUCCGAGGAUGCAUCCGUCUGUACAUAUAAGAAAUUCCAUGUGUAAAUACCAGCGAACCUUUUUGUUAUACCUAUAAGUGCUAUAAAUAUGUACGAGCUAACGAAGGAGGCAUAUAAAAGUGGUUGCCGCUGCUCGAGGACGCGGAAACGAGAGCUAAGGAAGGAGCGGGCAGCUGGCGACGCUUGGACCAGUUAUCAUAUUAGUAGGCAAAGACGAAGAAUGAAUGGUGCAUACCCUUUCUCCAGCUAUAUUUAAUCAGUUAUCAGUUAAUGUUAAUCUACCUAAGCUAAUGUUACCCAGGCUCGAUGGGUACACACCUAGUUUAGCGCCACACGGAGAACAGGGAGGAGAACUGGCGACAGCCAGAGGAGGAGAAGAGACAAGAAGAUGAAUACGCCUAAGCUAUCAUUACGAUUACCCAUAAUGAUGCCGAGUGAAUAGAUCUAAGAGGUUUGAGCGUAGUUAGCCAACUUGCAUCGAACGACAAAACAACAAAACUAAAGCAAGCUAAGCCAAGAAGCCAAGAAGAGAGAAAAAGAAAAAUAUUAGGCUUUAUCGAUAAAUUACCGAUGAACUCAUGAAUCACGCGUUGAUUUUUAUCUAUUAUCUAUUAUCUACGUUUUAUACUUCAUCGUUUUCAUUUUUGCUUACACAUCAAGACAUAAUGUUUAUACCCCUCAUUUUUAUACUUGUAUCGUAUAUCGUGGGAAGAACUUACAUUUUAAAAUUGCAUUUGUUUCCACAUAAAAGCAAUUUUCUCAGUUUGAUGGUUUCACACGUCUAUUUCAAUAAAACAAAGAACGAAACGAAAUGAAAUGAAUUAAGAAGUUAGUGCAUUGCUAAAUACUAAACUUAAUCCUUACAACGCGUAGGUGGACACAGCGCAGCUCAUAAGACAAACACUAUCUAAUGUUAUAUUAACGACUUAGGACUCUAUACAAAAAGGUGCCAUAAACUAAAACAAACACACACACAGACACACAUACACGAAAUUCUAUGAGGUUUAGGACAACACAAAAUAGGCAUUUAAAACGAAUUCUUUAGCUAUGUUUUACUAUCUCUCAACUUGAAAGAUGCUGCUUCAUCCUCGCCCCCAAAAUAUCGAUGCUCAUCUUAGAUAUAAAUUUGCGAAGAAUUGUGUAAAUUUUAAUUAUGGGUUUCCCUUUUAAUUGUUCACGAUUAACGCACAAAUUGAUUUAUGGAGUCUUAUUUUAUUCAAGCGUAAGAAGAAUGUAAAUUAAUCCUUGAAGCGUAAAACAAUUGGCAAGAAGGGAGAAAAGAAAAUAAUCAGUAGUUUUAAGAGCUUACUCACGAUAUCUACAAACUAUUCUAGGAAUAAGAAUUAAGUUUAGGUAUGCAUAUACGGAUAUUCACACUUAACGACAUAAUUUCUUCUGUUAAUAACUUCCCUUGUUUUAAAACAAAACUACUCCGCCCCUUCACUUCAAACCAAAAUGAAACCAAUCAUCUUCAUUUCUCAUUCACAACUUUACGCCACUGAAAACGAAGGAAAACCGCGUUUUAUUUUUGUUCUUUUCAAUUGAAUGCUUAUGAACCCACUGUGAACGAACCGAACAAUGUUUUCCCAAAGGAAAAAGUAUGAAAACUUUCAUCCAAAAUCAAAAACAAACAAAAACAAAAAAAAAAAAGAACGAGAACAAGAAAAAUGAACUCUAAACGCAAGACUUCCAACCAAAAUGAAAUUGAAAAUAUAAGAGAAGAAAACUAAACUGAAAAACCAAUAUAUAUACACAUAUAUUUUGUUUCUAUGAAAACAAUCGAAUAUGCUAAGUGCCUAUACUAACUAAUAUGUAAAAUCCGAGCAGGACACAGACCGACCACUGAGCCAAGAACCAAAGUGGCUCCAUCCGCCCUCAAAAGGCGUCUAAUAGCACACACACGAUACACACACACCUACACACACACGACUGCCUCUAGGACAUAAACGGAAAUCAAUCAAUCUUUCUAGCCACUCAAUCACUCAUUGCCCGGAAAGUUGGCAUCCAGAAUCCUACUGGAUACUUACUUCGCUUGGAUGGAGCCACACUCACACACAAACACACACACAGAUAGUAUACCUUGCUCAGUGGUCCGUCGCGUAGCCGCCUCACAAAAUGUAUCUUUAAAUAAUUCAUAGUUUAUAGUUUGUAUCUUCCCCCUCCAAUUGAAAUUGAAGAAAGGCCCAAACUAUAAUCCAACUAACCCCGACUCACACACAUUUCUUUGGAAAGUUCUCAAAUGAUUUUGUUGUGCUCAUCACUCACUGUCGGCUGCCAACACAAAGGAAUACUAAACCACACUCACUACACACUGUACAGUUGGACCUCAAUAGGGCGGACUGCGACUGCGACUGGGACUGCGGACUGUGCUUUAGGUGAAUCAAUGGACGAGGACGAGGACGUGGACAAGGGGCGGCCUGAGUGGAGCCUCGAUGGCUCGAUGGGCGGCGGCCCUGGUAUUCCGGCAAUGAGAUGUGAUAUUAUGCAAUUGACAAAUCAUCAAUUGUGUGCGACAAAAAACAAAAACAAAUAAACGGAAUGCGGGCCGGCCAAUGUCCAUCGAGAUUGCGACGCCCACUCGACCGCGAGACAGUCGACACUUGGAGCCACGGGACUCGGACACUCGGACCAGGCGGCCUGUCCACACAGACGCCGGGACCGAGGGCCGGGCACCAGGCGAGAGAUAGAGAGUAUAGGGUAUAGGGAAAGUAAAGGAACAUUGUUGAUGUUGAAUAAUUUUAAGGAAUACAAUAAAUUAAAUUAAAUUGUUAAAUUGUAAACCUCAGUUCUUAAGUUAUUUAUUUUUGUAUACUUAAGCAGCGCAUAUGACACCUUGUUAUAUUUACAAAAUUAUACUAUUGCAAGUUCAGCAGACAUGCCACGCCACGCCCAUAGAACUAUGUAUUCCCCACAUUGCCACUCCACCGCCGCCGAUCAUUUCUCCUGUGCCCCAAACCAAUACCAAUACCAAUACCAAAACAGUUAAAUCCACCCCACACACGGCAUAGAAUAUCGUUUAGUUUUUGUUUUUACACCAUCCAAAUAUUUUGUAUUAUUUAAUUUUACGGAGUGCCCCUCAAAAGACCAUUGUACAUACCCUUAGCUAUACAUUGUUGGGGGCAUUCCCCUCCUGAUUUCCGGAUUUCACCCGAUCAUUCUCUUGGCACUGCCAUCCCCCUGUACUUUUUGAGUUUGAUGCUGAUGCAAUCCCCCAACCCAACCCAACUCUCCCUGACGGUCAGAGAUCUUUUGAGUUGUUUCUUUAUUUGCCCUGGGUUGAAUUCACUCAUAAAUAUAUAUAUAAUCAAUUUGUAAUUGUACCGAAAUUGAUAACUGUAAAGUAACAAGAAGUUUAUAAAAUUGCAUAUGAUUUAAACUAUAAACUAACUAUAAAGAAAUACAAUAUCCCUCUAUGCAGCAAGCGAAAGCGAAACCAACAGCAGUUAUACAUAAUUGAAUGUGUAAUAUGAUGGCAUACAUAUAAAUAAAAAUAUUAUAAUAAAACAAAA